AUGAGGACAGCUGCUUGUGCAGCCUGUUCCACCGCCUUAGAAGCCUUGUUUUCGAUUCCAGGGGCUGCACCAGUGGAACAGAAAAUGCCGCCACGAUUCAGAAGAGGAGGACGAGGCAAGGCGCCAUUCACCAACCAUGAUCAUGAAGCUGGACCUUCUCACCGGCGAACUCCAUCAGUAACAAUGAGCACUAGUCCCCAGGAAGAUUGGAGGACAUACUUAGAGCCCGCAAGGCGUUCAGUCUCGCUAAGCUCUUCGCCUUCGUACCAUCACUCUUUUGGGCUGCAAUCGGAGAACGAGCCCAAUAAUUCUCAUCACUCAUACCUACCACUGCAGCGGUCGGGGUCGUACCAUGCGUUUCAAGACCCGACCCCAUAUUUCCAGAGCCGGUUUAACCUGAAAAAUCAGAUUGAAGAACCUAUGGGUCAUAACCCAUUGGGCCCAGAAGACCAUUUCCCUGGAGCUCAGGACAUGGAGAUGGAUGAUGAUCCGGAUCCCGCCGAACCUCCAUCUGGGACACCUACUCACCCCAUCGAGAUUUCGGAUGAGUCAUCUUUUCAUGGAUCACCUUAUCGUGGUCCAGACAGCUAUGAGGCAAGAUUUGCCCAAUAUGAUUGGGUGUUUACUCCCUCCUAUAGCCCAGCACCUCAGCAGCAGCAGGAUCCCUCUGAGGAUUCUCGUUUCCAGGCAGUUACUCCACCGCCACCGCCGCCAGAGCAGCAGCCGCCUCCGGAGCCACCAAGGCGGAGAAGAUCAAAUGCACGGAUGUCCAGUGGCAGUCGCUACCCGCCAAUGUAUGAAGACCCGUGUUGGGAUUGA